AUGGUAGUUAAGCUAACGUUUCCUGAGGCAGUGACGUUCACGGAAGUUCAGUGUGGGGAGGGCGGCCAAUGGCAAACCGAGGGGCGGCCUUUCACAUGCGCUAUCUUGUGUCUGGAUGACCCUCAACCUGCGCCGGAGACAGCCACCUCCUCUUGGGACAACCACACAAGGGUUGCCGGUACCGAGGUGGAGAUAUCCUGCCUAUCGAAUCGUGUUUUCAAGGACCUCAAUAACUCUCACACGGUUACAUGUCGAGAGGAUGGCAACUGGACUACUAUUGAUCCAGACAUUUUGGUUUGCCGGACGCUGAACCCAAACAAUCCACCACCUCCUCCACCCGGAUCUGUAAUGAGAAGUCCAGAUCCACCGUUCUGGGUAGGAGAUGUUGUGACUUAUACUUGUAAUGAAGGACUGAUGUCUCCAAAUGGAACUACGUCCUAUACCAUCUACAGUAGGAAUUAUGGAUGGAGCUAUCUCGACCCUGCUUUUGGAUGCUUCAGUGUGUGCUCAGCAGAUCCCCUGCUGCCUGUCGAAAACAUGAACUCCAGUUGGAAUGGCGUAAACAGGGUCGUUGGAGCGGUGGUACAGUACACAUGUGACGAGGGUAGAUUCUUCGGAAACCUUAAGGCGACAGUAAAUAUGAUUUGCGAGGAAAGUGGGAAGUGGACGGAGAUUGACCCGGAAAUAUUCUUCUGCAGAAUACCCGUGCCAGAGGCUCCCCCUCCCACACCCCCCGGCGCUAUCAUGGUGGGCCCAGACCCCCCAUACUGGGUUCCUGCCGCUAUCAGUUUCAUCUGCCGUGAAGACCAGUUAUCUCCGCUGAACACCACCAACUACACGAUAUUCGGAAACGAGAGUGGGUGGAGUUACCUUGAUCCUGACUUCGGGUGUUAUAAUGUAUGUGAGGACGAUCCCGUUGAGGCCCCUGAGCGAGCGGAGUCCAACUGGAAUGGCUUUUCCAAAAUAGAAGGAACACAGGUGCAGUACACGUGCGAAGAGGACCACGUUUUCGCCGACUUCAGCGCGACGCUAAGCAUCACUUGCGAAGGAAACGGGAAUUGGUCCUCUGUUGACCAGUCCAUCCUCAUAUGCAGGAUACGUGAGUCUGAGAUGUCAUUUUGCACUGUAGAAAUACUGUGUCGCGUUGGUCAUACGUUAGGAGGCAUGAAUAAUAUUUAA